GCCUUUAUACAUGCUGUCGAUUACCACGGUCAGCCGCAAUCGAGUGGCGGUACAGACCCGAUCGACGUUCGUUUGACCGAUCCUGCAGGACGCCGAUCCCCAACACGACUCGUGGAUAAUGGAGAUGGCACCUAUGAGUUGACUUUGCUUCCACUAGUACCAGGAGUACACCGACUCAUUGUCAAUAUCCUCAAUCGUCCGAUACGCGGUUCUCCCUUUCAUCUGAACGUCCGAUCCAGAGAGCGACCUCGCUGGUGCCUUACAGAAGGUUGA